CGAUGCGAACCAGGUCGACUCCUUUUUCGAACCAGGAACCUCGAAUAGAACUCCACUGAUGGGAAGGUCUGUUGGUAUCGACUCGUCGCCCUCCGUUUUGCGCCGUUUUCCCUGAUCGAGAUGACGGAGAUGUAUUCGGGUCUCCAUGUGGGCCAGCGGUUUGCAUCAUUGGAAGACUUUAAAGCUCUGGUACGGAGUAUAUCUGUGCGGCAACAUUGGGAACUUCGCGUGACGCGGAGCAACAAGAAGAGUGUGGUGAUAGGCUGCCGGUCCUCGCCCAAUUGCUUCUUUCGUGUCGUUUGUCGUGCAAACAGGAACGCAACAUAUAUCAGCAGUCUUCAGGACAGUCAUAGCUGUCGACGAAAUGCGACCUCGACGACCAAGACCCCGGCUCGCUCGGAAGCCUCCCAUGUGCGGUUCCUGCUCAGUGAGAUACCGAAACUAUUUGACAUGCGAAACAAAAUCAAGGCGCAGGAUAUUGUUGACGCGGUGAAACGGUAUCACGGAUACGAUAUAUCCACUAGGCAGGCCCAACGUGCCCUAAUCAGACUUCAGCAGAGGGGUUCUCAGCAGCAAAGCGAUGCAGCCAACUCGUCAAGUGGGGAGGACCGACAGGAGUCUCAGCCACCGCCUGUAGAAGGGCAGAGUGAGGGUUCAGCUUAUGCUGGCAUUCCGGGUCAGAGAUGGAUGCCUGAGUCUGUUCCGCCGAAUCUAGUUGAUAAUCCCCAGUCACAAAACGAAGAUCCACCAAAUCCUACCUUUUCCGCUACACCUUUACAGGGACAGCCGAUACAGCAACAUCCCCAGCAGUUACAAAAUCCUCAAAGGAUACAGUCCACGGUUCAAACGCAACAACCACUACCUCCUCCUACACCGGUUCUGCAAGCGCCAGCGGUUCCACAGCAUGAGCCGACGUCCCUCAACCAUCCCCUACACGCCCAAGUAACCUCACAACAACCUUCCUAUUCUCUACCAACACCAAUACAACCUACUCCUCGACAGGCAGGGCUCACCAAGUCUCCGACACAAACUCAGCCCCAACCUACUCAAGGCCAUCCUUCCGCACCGCAACUAGUUCUUACAAAUUUCAAGAUCGAAUUCUCCUGCACCACGUGUGGUGCUCUCAACCAGAGCUUCUUUCCUAAUCAAGGAAACGUGACUGGCGGGCAUUACAUUCCUCCGCAUCCUAUUCCCGAUCAUGCCAGUAUACCGCACGGCGCCGGCCCAUCGGCACCCACGGCCGCCGCUCAGGCCAUCGUUGAAAGCCUCCAGCACAUACCCACAAUAGUCCUACAUAAGGUCUGAAUAACCUUCAUUUUCCACUCCUUUGCUUUUAUAUAAUUCCGGAAUACAUUCUCUAAUACGUUACCCUGAGAUUGGUGAACGCUGUUUCACAUAACUUAGCCUCGCAGCCUCUCUCUCUCGCAGUCUCACUUCCGCUUUCUCGUGGAAACCCUCUCAUACUUGCCUGUAUGGCCCAUCAUUUUCAAAUGCCUUUUUUUCCAUCUCUAUCUUUUUCAUUUUCCUUUUUCUUGUUAUCAUCUACUACCCACAUAUACGGUCGAUUCCGUUUUUUAGUGCAUACCCAGACUUGACCAGCGGCACUUCCCCAAUCAAUAGAUAGGAUUUACGUCCUGAUAAUAUAUAUCGGC